CCCUCCCCUCACCUCCUUCUGUUAAAUUACUCGGGAACAUUAAUUUUAUCUGUUAAUUUGAUUUCUGUUUUUGCUCCGUGUGUCCUCUGUUUCUAGCCCCGUGCUAGAGGCAUCUUUUAUCUAUAUCAUCCACAUAUGAGAAAAAGAUUAAAAGUUAACUUUUAUACAAAAACAGGUCUCUUCUCCAACAACACUCACAAUGACGAUUGAAGCAGAAAGAAGCGUGAUUUAUUAGUUAGCAAGACAUUGAAUCAUUUCACAGAAUGGUUGGAGAGAAACGCGCAAGGGAUGAUGAUGACACGGCUUUGAAAUUUACUCCUGGAUUAACAUUGUCCCAACACCCUCCCGCACUACGAAAGGACUUGUUCUUGAAGAAACUUAAAAGCAUUAUCAUAGGCAAGUCAUUGCAUCCGACCGAAUUCGAGGGUUAUACCAUCAGAGAACGCUUUGAGCGAAUGGGCUGGGAACAGUUGCUUAACCUCAGCUGUGACAGGAUCUAUGAACGAGUUGUUAUUCAGUGGGUGUCAUCACUAUCAAGAAGCGGGGACGACUUGACUGGAAUAGUGGACGGAAAGUCGUACACGAUCACACCUGUAAUCAUUCGAGAUGUUCUUGGAGUAGACACACGCAAGGAUUUUCCGUAUGCCCGGUUUAAAGAAGCGGAUUUUCAAACCACCAGUGAUGAAAAUAAAAGAAGAUGCGCUGAAGCCUGCAAGACUGUUUUUGGUGUAGAGGAAAGUAGAGUGUGUGAGAAAUCAAAUAUGACUCCACUAGUGCAAAUUUUGUGGCAAAUAGGGGUGUGCACGUUUCACCCUCCUCAUGAAGAGGCGUCUGGCAGUGAGAUAUAUCUCCUUCACAGGAGAUUACUUAUAUAGCUUUGCCCAUUUGAUGAUCGAUAACAUAUGGGAUAUGUAUGAGCAAACUCAUCUACAAAGCAUUCCCCAUGGAUACUACUUAUCUGAGAUACUCACUCAAUUGGGAGCGGUGUCUGAAGAUGAAUCCGUCGAGAUUAUCCCCCCUCAUCACCGGUUGAUAUCAACAAGCUCAUUUCCUAAUCUCAAGUUCUCAGAAUCUUCAACAGAAUACAUAAUUGAUGAUCGGGUGAACUUGCAACGAGUCUCCUUCCCAAAGAAACUCACAGAACAAGAAAUCUCGGACAUACCACAACCGGAUAUGACCACAUUGUUGACUGGCCUCCAAGACCUAGCUAACAUGCAAUCAUCUCAAUCUCAAAAACAACACAGUGAAUUGAUGACAAUGGUUACCAACAUACAAAAGCAGAUUGAAUGCCAGGCGUUAGAGGCCGAACGUUGUGAAAGGCAAGCUGAGAUUCGGGCACGCGCAAUAAUUUGGAACAUGGAGAGGCAACGUUACUUUUACGAGCAGGAGCAAGAGCAGCGCUUGGAACAAAGCCUAUGGAUCCGACGAAUUUCAGUUUCCAAGUAUCUCUCAUACCUCAUUCCAUCCUCCACAAGCCGGUCUCGAUAUUAUGACCCGACCGAAGGCGAUGAAAUUCCAAAAGCGUUUCAGGAUCUCUUUCAUGACAUCUAUGGAACAAGGUGUUAGUUAAGAUUAUUUUGUUAUCAUUAUGCUAAUCUGUUUUGAGUUUAUAUGUUGUUAGCAUCAUGAUAUUCUACUUAUUUUCCUAGACUAUUUAGAGAAGGUAAAAUUUCAAAAAAAAAAAAAUAAAAAGUAAAAAUUUAAUC